AUGGGCUGCAAAAGUCUGAAGGUUCUCAUCCUUUCAAACAAUUUUAUAGGUGAAGAAAUGCCAAAUGGUGAUGGCAUCGUUGGUGUUGAUGGAUUAGAAAAUCUUCGUAUUUUGUCUUUCCGUGGUUGUCAGCUCACUGGUCCCUUACCUGUAUGGUUAUCCAAAAUAAAAAAGCUAGAGGUCUUGGAUUUGUCCUCUAAUAGAUUCACAGGCUCAGUUCCAACAUGGUUGGGGAAUUUUCCAAGCCUCUUUCACAUAAACUUGGGCAACAACCGAAUUUCAGGUGAGCUUCCAAAGCAACUUUGCAAAUUACCAAUGUUGGUGUCUGAACAAACUGCAGCUCAAGUAGAUCAUACUUAUCUCCAAUUGCCUUUCUUCGUCAAACCAGCAAGUGAUGCAGACUUUUUGCAGUACAGUUCCCUUUCUUUCUUUCCACCAGCUAUACAUCUACACAAAAAUAGCAUCAAUGGGAAUAUACCAACUGAGAUCAGCCAAUUGGUCCUUCUUCAUACAUUAAAUCUUGACGACAACAAUUUCUCUGGAAACAUUCCCAACAAAAUAUCCAACCUGAAAAAGUUGGAGACAUUAGAUCUUUCAAUGAACCACUUGUCUGGAGAAAUUCCACCAUCAUUGACGAGCCUUAAUUUCUUGUCCUUUUUGAAUGUCUCGUACAAUAAUCUUGAAGGGCCAAUACCAAAAGGCACUCAGCUCCAAAGCUUUGAUGUCUCUGCAUUUGAGGGGAAUCCGAAACUUUGUGUGGUGCCCCUCUUCGGAAUGCGUGUCCUCUAA